UUUUUUUGGGUUCAGUCGGACCGUGUCAAAGAAUACACGAGCAUGCGGAAUAUUACAUACAGUACUUUGAUUCUAUGCGUCCCUCUAGCGUUCUGGAAUUGAGAGCCGAAGUGUCCCACCAAACUCUCAGUAGCUACUACUGUAUUGCCCGACUCUUUUGAGUCCACUUCCCACUUCACCCCUCUUCUUCACUUCCGUGUCUGACACCUGCACUCACUCAGUUGUCCUUCCUCUCGCCGCCAUAUCUUAUCACCGAGCUCAACUUGUCUUCUUAAUUCCCGCCUAUCUCGUCGUUUCCCAAACAUUUCAUUGCAUUGAACACGAAGCAGGAUGGCCUCACGUAUCGAGAAGACUAUUGCUCGGCAACGAGAAAAGAUAGCCUCCGGUGCCUACUACGAGGCUCAUCAGCAACUGAGGGUCAUCGCUGCGCGGUAUAUCAAACAAGCGAAUUACGAUGCAGCCGCGGAGUUAUUGGCAGGGGGUGCGACUGCACUUUUAAGGGCCGGGUCUCAGCAAGGUGCUUCUGCCAGUGGCGGGGACUUGGCCAUUAUGCUUGUCGUCGAAGUGUACACAAAAGCGGGGUGGGAGAUUACUGGAAGUGAUGAUGAUACGGAAGGCCGCACACGAAAGAAGCGCCUGAUUGAGCUUCUACACGAGUUCCCAUCCGAGGAACCAACUCGCAAAAGGUUCAUACAGGAGAUGAUUGGCUGGAGUGGACGGUUUGGACCUUUAGAGAGAGGUGACCCCGAAUUACACCACGCAGCUGGAUCGGUGUAUGCCGAAGACCAUGAACCCUACGACGCUGAAAAGCAUCUGAUCCUCGGAACCUCAGAAUCAGCUGAGACCCUGGCAAAGUUAGAGCACGAGUGGUACACAAAUGACGAACCGCACACGGCAGCGAUUUACGCAUCCCGCGCAGUUUUCCCGUACCUCCUGACCGGGAAUCUGCGCAGUGCUAAUAAAGCAUUCCUCAUCUUCACGUCCCGACUUUCAUCCUCUAAUCCUUCCAUCCCUUCACAGGAUGUCAGCAGUUCUAGUACAGAUGUGCGAGUCUAUCCCGCAUUGCCUCUGCUGAAUUUCAUCAGCAUGCUUCUUCUCACGAUUCAGCGUGGCAGCGCGGAUCUUUUCAAACAGUUAACAUCUCAUUAUGCAUCGCAAAUCCAAGAGGUCGGCAUCUGGGAUGAUUUCUUGGCUCAGAUUGGUGAGCAAUAUUUCAGUAUUAAGAUCCCAAGACAGGGCAACCCUUUACUGGAUAUGAUGGGUAGCAUGCUGUUCGGAGGGGGACAGGGCGGUACAGGUGGAAGGAUGCCGCAGAGCCGAGGCUCAUCCAAGAAAGUCGAAGCGCCACCAGCAAAUCUGGAGCUCGACUAAUUCAACUGAAGGCAGUACCUACCCGUGGUGUGUCCAGAUCGGGUUUAUUAUGCACAGCUUGCCACGAAGAUAACCAUACAUGAUGUAAGCGGCAUCGAUUAGAACAGCGAAUCGGGUUCUGGUUCGUAUAUCCAGUUAUCUUCAUCCAGGGAGGCCACUUUGUUCUGAAGGCUCUGAUGAAUGAGAUUCAGAAUUUCUGAGGUAACUAGUCAGCUGUAAUCAAACCAGAUCCAACUGCGUGGGGGAUAAGGGUAAAACUCACCAGCUGGUUCGGUGCUCAUCUGCCUGUUCCGACUCCGGUACAUCAUCUCUACUAGACUUGCCUCGAUCUCUAGGUCAAUCGCGAUUAGUAUGUUAUCGGCCAAUAAAGUACGGAUAGUCGAAGUAAGC